AUGUCUUUAACUGUGAAAGUCUCCAGCACUGUCAUCCCAUACUCAACUGAAAACACAUUUUCUCUUGACCUAACAGUGAUUGCUUUAAAAAAUAAACUGGAGUUAAUAACUGGGGCCAGUGUACAGUCGAUGGUUCUGUCAGUUUUUGGUCAGGAUGAUAAACUGUUCUGUAACUUGGAUAAUGAUGAGAUGACUCUUAGAAAUUAUAAUAUUUCUAAUAAUAUGAGAAUACAUGUGGUAGACAAAUCAGGCAAUCAAAUACCAUUGGAUGAUUUAUCAAAUGUGACGAAAUUUGAGCUAUCUGAUGAAGAAUAUGCCAAGAAAAAUGAUUCAGUUAGGGCCUUCAAGCAAAACAUGAAAUUUGGUAGAUUUGCGGAAAUCAGUGAGGGAGAGAAAGCGAAGAAGGAAGAGGAAAAGAAAGAGAAGGAGAAAUUGGAGAGAGAUCAGGCUGAGAAAAUAAAAGUUGGAGAGAGGUGUGAAGUCUCUGUGAUUGGCCAGCCAACAAAACGUGGUACAGUAAUGUACGUGGGCUUCACGGAUUUCAAGCCAGGAUACUGGGUGGGAAUCAAGUAUGACGAACCUCUUGGUAAACAUGAUGGAAGUGUAUCAGGUAAAAGAUAUUUUGAAUGCCCAGCACCUUAUGGGGCAUUUGUCAAGCCGGAAACAGUGAAAACCGGGGAUUUCCCAGAAAUCGGAUUGGAUGAUGAAAUUUAA